AUGUCGCUGUUCGGCAACAAGCCCCUGGGUGGCAGCCUUCUGGGCGGCUCGACGACCACUCCCCAGCAGGGCACCACUGGAGGCGGUCUGUUUGGGCAGCAGAACACGACGAACAAUCAGCCCGCAAGCUCCACGCCAGCUUCCGGCGGGCUCUUCGGAAACCUGAAUCAAAACAAGCCUCAGACCGGAGGCGGACUCUUCGGCGGUGGCGGUGCGACGACGACACAACAACCGGCGCAGCAAUCGACGUCGCUGUUCGGCCAGCCUGCGGCGCAACAGCAGGCACAGCCGCAAGUACCGGGCGGUGUUGGUCUGGGUGGGCUUGGAGCGACGGCACAGAAGCCGUCUCUCUUCCUUGGACUUGGUGGAAAUCAGAACCAGGCUCAGACCGGUUCGACCCUGGGACAAAACAACACGAACGCACUCGGCAGUUCCCUCUUCCCCCAGCAGCAGCAGCAACAACAGCAGAACCAGAACACGAACACCCAAUCGCAGGCGCAGCAGGGCCAGACAUCAGGUGCAUACUUUGACAGUCUGUUUGCGAAGAGCAAGAGGCAAGGAGAUGCCGAGAGUGGCCUAGAGGACCUCCCAAGCCUUCAACUUGGGCUGGGUGACCUGCGCCAGCGGCUGAAGAAGCUGGGAACUAAAGCCCAGGAGCGUCCCUCAGACGGCAGGGCUCACUAUCUUCUCGCCGCAUCUGGUGUCGAUCCAAGCACAGCUGCCCGAGACCUCGGUUCUCUCGACUUGCAGACCGGUCGCGUUGAGAGACCGACCGGCUACUCCCCUGCCGAGAUCGAUGUCGAGACAUACCUCGCGAACCUGCAGACGAAGACGACAAUGAGCAUGAUUGCCGACGGCCUCGAGCGGUCAGUCCGUGACUUUGACAACUUUUUGGAGGACAAUGUGACGAUGGAAUGGGAGGCUCAGCGCAAGCGUAUUUACGAACACUUUGGAAUCAAGCCCCGAGAGGAGACCUCGUUCGGAGGUGCGGCCUCCAUGAGAGAGUCUACGGGUGGCUUCGGCCGCUCGCGUCGCAGCAAGGGCCAGCCGACUGGUGCCCGCUCUGGUAGAGCUAGUGUCCUGGGCAAGUCGAGCAUGCACCGUUCAGUAAUUGGCAACGCCAGCAAGAUUGGCACUCACCAGCCCGAGUUCUCCGAUGUUGACCGUCCUGCUGACAACAACGGUUCCCUUACCGGCCACAUCAACUCUGACGACAGGUCUUUGCGUGAGAAACAGAGCAAGCUUUCUGAGAAGGUCCGCAAUCUCAACGCGGCCCGCCUCAUCCACCAUCCCUACCCGAUUCUUUCAGAGCUCGCAGAUGUCGAGCAGCGUUCUCUCGAUCCGUAUGCCCCCCAUAUCAUCGAGGCGUACCAUGCGGUUAGAGAAAUUGUUGGCGAGGAUCCCGAUGCAGAGACCACUAUCAACGGUGCUACUGCCAAGGAGAGACAGUUUGCCAAGAUGUAUCUGGACGAAUCCCCCAACUCUUCCAACUCGAUUGCUAUGCGGAAGAGAUUACUUGAGGGAGCCAACAAGUUCUUGGAGAAGCAAUUCUUGCAAGAAGUCGAAGGCCUCAUUUCAAAACACCCCCACGAGGCCAACCUUGGUGGUCGCCCUGAUAUCGUCAGCAAGAUCAGAGCAUAUAUCCGGUUGCGAUCCGCGAGAAAGGAUUUGGUGCCCGACAACACAGAACUGCAACAAGUCAGUGGUGAAUACGUCUGGGCUAUUGUCUUCUACCUGCUGCGGUCUGGCCAUGUCAGCGAGGCUGCGAAGUAUGUUAAUGACAAUGGAAACCAGUUCCGUAGCAUCGACCGGACAUUCCAGAGCUACCUUAAUGGCUACGCCUCCAAUGAAGAUCGCAGACUGAAGCGGACGCUCCAGGACAGGUGCAACGCCGAGUACAGUCAGAGGGUCCGCAAUGCCCCUGACAACUCCAUUGACCCCUUCCGCAUGGCUUGCUACAAGAUCAUUGGUCGCUGCGACUUGAACAACCGCAGCCUUGAUGGACUCAACACCGACAUUAACGACUGGAUCUGGCUCCAAUUCAACCUUGCCAGAGAAGGCGACCGCUCCCUUGAGGUCGCCAGCGAGGCUUAUGGAUUGUCCGAGCUGCAGUCAAGCAUCAAAGAGAUCGGUGCUAAGCACUUCCCCAAGUCCUCUUCUGACGAUAACAGCGGUAGCUUUGGCAUGUUCUUCUACUUGCAGGUUCUCUCUGGUAUGUUCGAGGAGGCCAUCGCAUACCUCUAUCCCUUCUCGUAUGUCGAUGCGGUUCACUUCGCCAUCGCCCUCGAGUACUACGGUCUGCUCCGACCUUCCGACCCCUUCAGCGCUUCCAACGACUUGCGCAGCCUGAACGUCAAGGACUUGGUGCAGAUCAACUUUGGCCGGAUGAUUGGCUACUACACCAGGGACUUCCGCGCCGCCGACGUUGUUUCGGCUGUGGACUACCUAACCCUCAUCUGCCUCAACAUGGACCUGUCGGGCGAGGCUGGCCGGCGCCACGCCAACCUCUGCUGGGAGGCCCUGCGCGAGCUCGUUCUCGAGACGAGAGAGUUCAGUAAGCUCAUUGGCGACAUCCGUCCCGAUGGCCAGCGGAUACGCGGCAUCAUCGAGGAGCGUGGCUCGCUCAUCGGCCUCACGGAAGAGAACGACUUCAUCAACACCGUUACCGUCCAGGCAGCCAGCUUUGCCGACGAGAACGGCCGCACCACCGACUCGGUUCUCCUGUACCACCUCGCCGGCGAGUACGACACUGUCGUCACCAUCGUCAGCCGCGCUCUCAGUGAGGCCAUCUCGCUCGAAAUUGGCGAGGACCCCAUGCGCCUCAUGCCUGUCAAGCCCCGCGCUGCCGGGCAGACAGCCGAGGCUGGCAGCAGUCUGAGCUUGGCGUCCAUCGACGACCCCGUCGAGCUUGCGCGUACCAUGAUGUCCAUGUACGAGCGCGAUGCCAUGUUCCACCGUAAGAUUCAAGAUCAGAACAAGGUCGCUUGCCGCGUCCUGCUUGAGAUGAGCACCAUCAAGUCCCUCGUCGAAGCCGGCCAGUGGGCUCAGUGUCUCGACAAAAUCCGCUCCCUCGAGAUUCUCCCCCUUGAUGCCAGUGGCGACCCUAGUGUCAUCCGCGCCUAUGCCUCCAAGUUCUCGGGUCUGUCCCAGCCUGUCUCCAUCAACGUACCCAACCUGCUCAUGUGGACCAUCAUCUGCUGCACUCGCCAGCGCGACCAGCUCACUGGCGGCCAGUUCAGCGGCAACGAGGGUACUCGCCGUAUGAUGGUCGAACAGAUGAAGCAGAUGACUCUCGACCUCACCACCUAUACCAGCCAGCUGCGCUAUCGCUUCCCGCCUCACCUUCACGAGGCUCUCGCCAGGGCUUCAGCGGAGUAA